AUGAUUCGUUCUAUGCGUACUGGAAGUGUGGUAGUUGACCUGGCCGCUGAAGCCGGUGGCAAUAUCGAAACAACGAAGCCUGGAGAGUGCUACAGAAAGCAUGGAGUCGUUCACAUAGGAUAUGUUGAUCUGCCGUCCAGAUUGCCCACUCAAGCUAGCACGUUAUACGCUAACAACAUUUCGAAGCUACUGAUGUAUAUGUCUGAUAAGGAUGAGUUUAAGAUUAAUUUGACCGACGAGGAAGUUGCUGACAAAUCUGAAUCGGUUCCUGUCGAAAUUUCUCCAUUUGUGGUGACCGCCCGUAAAGCGGGUGCCAUUACAGCAGGUCUGGGAAGUCUUUCAAUUAUUGGUGUAUUAUCGCCAAAUGUGAACUUUGCUGCAAUGACCACUACAUUUGCAUUGGCAGGUAUCGUCGGGUAUCAUACCGUAUGGGGUGUAGUGCCGGCACUUCAUUCACCUUUGAUGUCAGUUACAAACGCGAUCUCUGGAACUACAGUUGCUGGAGCACUAUGUCUCAUGGGAGGUGGAAUGCUACCAUCCAACUCUUCUCAAACACUUGCAUUUGGAGCUGCUUUCAUCUCAUCAAUCAAUAUUGGAGGAGGAUUUGUGAUUACAAAACGGAUGCUUGACAUGUUCAAGAGAAAAGAUGAUCCACUGGAGCACAACUAUUUAUACGCUGUUCCAGCAGCCCUAUUUUUAGGAGGUUAUUAUUAUGGCUUGCAGACAAACGCCCCGUCUGCACAUUCGAUCGCAUACCUUGGCUCAUCAUUGUGCUGUGUCGGUGCACUGGGCGGUCUUUCGAGUCAGAGAACAGCACGUGCUGGAAAUGCUCUAGGCAUGACCGGUGUUGUCGGCGGCCUAGCAGCUACGCUUGGAUCCCUCAAUCCUGAUCCCGAUACGCUUCUUCAAAUGGCCACUGCCAUUGGAAUUGGAUCGACCAUUGGAGUUUCCGAUCUUCCCCAACUUGUGGCCGCUUUUCACUCAUUCGUAGGAUUAGCAGCUACCAUGACAUGCCUAGCGAAUUAUAUUGCUGAACAUUCGCACUUCCUCGCGGAUCCCAGUGGUUUUGCUGCUGCGAAACUAUCCCUAUUUCUUGGGACCUAUAUUGGUGGUGUGACAUUCACCGGUAGUCUCAUGGCAUAUGGCAAACUUCAAGGUAUAUUGAAUUCGGCAGCUACCUAUCUUCCUGCUCGUCAUGCGCUCAACUCAGCUCUGUUGCUGGGAAACGGAGUUGCUCUGGCUAUUUAUAUGUCGAAUACGGAUUAUUCUAUGGGACUUCAAAUGCUUGGAUUGACGACGGGCUUGAGCAGUAUGAUGGGUGUAACGCUUACUAUGGCCAUUGGAGGUGCAGACAUGCCGGUUGUGAUCACUAUUCUCAAUAGCUACUCAGGAUGGGCUUUGUGUGCAGAGGGUUUCAUGCUCAACAACAACUUACUCACUAUCGUUGGUGCGUUGAUAGGAAGUUCCGGAGCAAUCCUUUCCUAUAUAAUGUGUAAGGCUAUGAAUCGCUCACUAAUUAGUGUCAUUCUUGGAGGUGUAGGUACAAAAUCACAAGGGAGUGGUGAAGCGAAAGCAAUUGAGGGUACCGCUACAUUGACGAAUGUUUCAGAGACGAUUGAUUGGCUUACGAAUGCGAAUUCGGUGAUAAUCGUGCCUGGCUACGGAUUGUGUGCUGCCCAGGCCCAGUAUCCUAUCGCUCAACUGGUCAAAGAACUCAGUAGCCGAGGAAUUCGGGUUCGCUUUGCCGUUCACCCUGUUGCUGGUCGCAUGCCAGGACAGCUUAAUGUACUACUUGCUGAAGCUGGAGUGCCGUAUGAUAUAGUGGAGGAAAUGGAUGACAUCAAUAAUGAUUUCGAUUCCACCGACGUGGUCUUAGUCAUAGGAGCGAAUGACACUGUGAACUCAGCUGCCGAAGACGAUCCGAACAGUUCAAUCGCAGGCAUGCCAGUGUUACGAGUGUGGCGUGCGAAAAAGGUGGUGAUUAUGAAGCGAACACUCGGAGUGGGCUACGCGGCAGUUGAUAAUCCUGUAUUUUUCAACGAUAAUACAGCAAUGCUUCUGGGUGAUGCGAAAAAAAUGUGUGAUCAGCUACUGACUUCACUCCAAGGCACUUCGCACUAG